ACUGUCCUAAGACUCAAACUAUAGUAAAGUUUCACUCUGACGUUGAAAUUGUAAAACAGGGUGUUCCACAAGGCAGUAUACUUGGUCCGUUAUUGUUUCUUAUAUAUAUAAAUGAUCUACCUAAUAUUACUAAGCAUAAAGUAACUCUGUUUGCUGAUGAUUGUUCAGUUGUUGUUUGCUGCAAAGACCCUGCUACUUACGAGCUUGAAGUAAAUACUGUUUUCCAUGAUAUUAAUGUUUGGCUAGAAAAUAAUAUGUUAAGAGUUAAUUUAAAUAAAACAAAUUAUAUAGAAUUUCAUGCUCCUCAGGGUAACCCCACAAAUAUCAACAUUAUGUAUAAGAAUGUAAAGAUACAUAGCGCAACAUCUUUGCGAUUUUUAGGCGUAAUGAUAGAUUGUCACAAUAGUUGGGAAGUCCAUGUUGAACACUUAAUUAAGAAAUUAACUAGGUUUAGAGUCUGGCCAUCGAAACGUGAUAUUGACCUUGGAACAGAAUUCUUUAUAUGGCAACAGUCAACACUUGUCAAACCCUAGUACAUUGUUUGUCAAGUCGUGUCAAUUUUCGGAAUAACAAACGGUUAUCUUGCGUUAUUAUGUCGAAACCCAUAAAAAGUUCAGCUAGGAGGUUAAUUUAUACAAUGAUGUGUAAAUUUAAAGCAAAACAAGAAGAGCGAGCCUCUGCCUUUCGCGAGAAAGAACGAUAUUUCCAUGAAAUAAUGGCUGCCACAGGUUAGUGCACUGUAAUGAUUUUGAUAUUUGUUGAAUAGUUUGUACUCCAUACUCCAUAGUUAUUUCAAGACAUAUUUCAUUGGACUAAAGAUAUUAUUCGUUUAGUUAUGUUUUUGUUGUUGGUUUCAGCUUGAAAUAGUGGUUUCUCCUACAUUUAGAGGUUAUGUUCCGAUUGUAAUCUGAAAGAUAUUUAUUGCAUAUAUUUUUUAUUUCAGAGAGGAUAAGAGAUAAAGCCGAUGACAGCAGCUUAAAUCAGUUGAAUGAUAUUAAUAAUGCUGUGAAGAGUUUACAACAACUAGAGGAAAAUAGUCGGCUCAAAACGGAAAUUCAAUUUGUGCAAGAAAUUUCUGCAAUGACAGAUGUUGGUACAGCUACUAUCAAAAGAAUAAAAAAAGAAGGACAGUCAAAUGCAGGUGUUUGGAAUACUCCCGGGAAAAAGCGUCCACAUAAACCAACAGUUGCCAAUUUGGAUAGUUUUGACAUUAACGCGAUCAGGCAGAAGAUCAAUGAAUACUACACAGUGAAGAAACAGGUGCCUACUUUACGUACCUUGUUAACAGAUUUAAGAGAGAGCAUAGGAUUUACCGGAUGUCGUGAAACGUUGCGCAAAAUUUUAUUAUCCAAUGGCUUUGAGUUCAAAAAAAAUAUAAACGAACGUAGUAUAAUCAUGGAGAGAUAUGACAUAGCAGCAUGGAGGCACAGAUUUUUGAGAGCCAUUAGUAAAUACCGCCAGCAAGAAAAGCCGUUAAUUUAUUUGGAUGAAACAUAUAUUCAUCAAAAUUAUAGGCCAAAAAAAUCAUGGCAAGGUCCAUCUACUAGCGGCGUGAUUGAAAAAAUUUCCCCAGGAAAACGUUUCAUUAUUGUACAUGCCGGGUCCGAAAAAGGAUUUGUGCCUAAUGCCCUCUUGGUUUUUAGCACAAAAUCUAUGUCAGCUGAUUAUCAUCACGACAUGAACCGACAGAACUUUUUAAAAUGGCUGCAAGAGAAAUUAAUCCCUAAUUUAAGGGAACCAAGUGUAAUAAUAAUGGAUAACGCAAGUUAUCAUUCAACUCAGGUAAAUAAACCACCCACAAUGCAUCAGAGAAAGGCAGAAAUUCAAGAUUGGCUCACUACCAAUGGAAUUGAUUAUGAAACUUACAUGUCGAAGGAAGAGCUGAUGUGUCUGGUGGACAAAUACAAGCCCGACCCAAAAUUAGGGCUCCCGGUAUCCGUGUUACACGCCGAAACGAAUACCCGUGUUCUUAAGACCGGCGGUGCUAAGAACACGGUUUACACGGAACCGCCGGGAUCCGGAUACGUAUCCAAGAAACGUUCCCAAGAAACGUUUCUUAGAUACGUAUCUCCGUUUACACGGGUACUUAACACCGGCCCGAACGGAUCCGAAACAGUUUGAGCCAAUCAAUGCUCUAGGUCUGGGUAUGCAAGGACUAGUAUUGAAUGUUAACUUCAGAUGAACUCGUUUGGCGUAAGAAUUUUUUUAAAUUAUUUAUAACAGUUUUAACACAUGUGUUAAUAUAUCAUAUUUAGCCAACUAUACAAUAUGUCCCUAUUCUAUAUAGUCUACUAUUUUUAAUUUUAAACCUACCCGUCCCUAGUUUAGAACCUUCAUUUUUUUACUAUUAUUGCUUUUAAGCUAAUUUCAUUACAUAUUACAUUUCAAUCAAAGAAACACAUUUUAUAUACUUAUAAUGGUGUAAGUUAUAUAGUUUCGCGAAGAAUACGUGUGCAGAUAAAUACUACCUACGACUACUUAGUGGUCAUUUGUUAUUUUUAUCAAUUACCUAACUGUUGCGCGAGAACAGCAAAUCCACCAACGAUGCAAAAGAAAGU